UGUGCGACCAAGCGGCGCUGCCGUGCGAAAACCUGUUCUCGCUUAAGACCGCCGCAGUACCACCCCCUGCAAAACCAAAUUACCCCUCCUCCGAAAUUCCAUGACACUGCGUGGGGCAAUAAAAACAAACAGAACGCUUGGCGGCCACCUGAGAGCGAAGCGACCAACUGUAAAAGUGGGCCGCCCGCGAAGAAGAAGAGCUGCAGCAGGUGACGCUGACAGAGACGUUGGCAGCGACGCAAGCAGCGGCGGACCUCGAAGAUUUCACUUUUCGACGAGCUAUUCAACGGAGCGGAGCUAAAAAACGCGAUCUUCUCACAAACAAUUGUAAAUAAUUGUGGUUUUGUAGGCGAAAAAAAUAGAAGAUUACCAUGUACCGCGCCAGUGGUUUAAGGAUUAUGCAACAGUUGCGGCUAAGGAUUCCCUUGGACUCGCGCGGAUUCCAAAAUUCCAAAGUUGCGCCUGCGCUGCAAACUUUCACUUGCCAACAGCAGCAGCAACAUCGCUGGACGUCAACGUCGACGGCCAGUGGAAAGCAUUCAAGUCCACAGGUUACGACCCCGCCCCCGCGACACGACUGGAACAGAGCAGUAAGCGAGGCGGAACGUAUUGUCGGCUAUCCCACAUCCUUUCUAAGCCUACGCUGGCUGCUCAGUGAUGAGAUUGCCAAUGUGGCGCUGCACUUGCGCAAACUAGUGGGCAGUGCUCAUCCGCUUAUGAAGACAGCAAAGCACCUACUCUACAAUGGCAAAAACACAAUGCAAGCUUGGGGAUUGAUAGUGCUAUUGGUAUCUAAGGCCGCAGGACAUGCUCCAAGUGUUCCAGAUGUCGAGCAGGACAAGAGUGCCGGUGUACUUCAUUCACAAAGAGCUCUGGCUGAGGUCACCGAGAUGAUUAGGAUCUCACAUUUGGUGCACAAUAGCGUGGUUAACUUACAAUCGAGCACUCAGGCUGGGCAGGAUGUGGCCACCUAUGACGACAUGUCUUUUGGCAACAAGAUUGGCCUACUCACCGGAGACUACCUUUUAGGUCAUUCCAGUGCGGAGUUGGCAAAUCUGCGAAACCAGGAAGUGGUGGAGCUGAUUUCAUCGGCUGUGCGUGACUUCUCCGAAUCGGAAUUUAUAGGAGAGCGUGAUGAACAGAACAACCCUUUGCCUUAUAAGCCAGGAACCUUCCAGCGACCAUCUCUCAGUGUUGGAGUGGAUUUCAACGAGCACGAUGUGAUGACCCCAAUGCCCAUUGCUCAGGUUCUUGGAAAUCCAGAGGAGGAAUGGGAGUGCCGUAACAUACUGAAUGCAGGCAGUCUGCUGGGAAAAUCCUGCCAAGCAUCGCUGAAACUGGCUGGACAGAGUGAGGAACUGCAGCGACAUGCGUAUCGCUUUGGCAAACAUUUGGCUCUGGCUUGGCAGGCUUGCUUGGAUGCCGAACCCUUCCAGUGUCCCCAGCUUCCUCUGGAUGUUACUUUUAGUCUGGUUAGUGCUCCAGUUCUUUUCCAUUUGGAGCAUGAUCCUGGAAUGUAUGCCCAACUGGAGGCUGGCAAACAGUCAGUGGAUAACAUCGACUACGACAAGAUUCACAAAGCAAUCCUAGCAGGUCCAGCGUUAAUCAAAACCAAGGAGUUGCAGAGGAAACACACGGCAGCUGCUUUGGCUGUUCUUCAACAUUUCCCGGCAACCGAUGCUCGACAGGCUCUGGAGAACAUCAUACUCGCGAUGCAGGAUCUUUGAUCCCAAACAAUCGCUAAAGAUUCUUCACGGGUUAAGGGCUUAGUUUAGUUAUGUAUUUAUUCCAUUGGGUCAUUCUUCAUUACAGCAGGCAUUGUUGACUAAUCUUAGAUGAGAGUUAUUAAAUCAUGCAAUUAAAGUCAAGGUUUUUGUACUUACUUUUGUAUAUUUACAAAAAACAUUGUGCAAGUACAAAAAUUGUCAUUACUAAAAAGUUUUUAUAAACCCAGCACUGGUCCAUAGUUCUUAUAUCUAUUGAUUUGUUUAUAUACAAAUAUUUGUGCAAUUAAAGAACACUUAUAAUGGGAAAAUUUAUAAAUUAUUUGAAAGACAACCAAGCAAUAAAUAAAACUAUU